UUGAGGUGGAGACCCACGGCACGCCUGCCGCUUAAAACAACUCACAAACAGUCCUCAAGCUGACACUUUGUUGAGUGGGGAAAAAAGGAGGAGCUGUGGUGUCCGUUUAUUCACCCCGUUCCACCCUUUGACACCUUCUGUCUUAGUUUUUCCUCUCUUUGUUAAUACUGUUAGUUAGUAGGUUAGUUCAAAACCAUGUAUAGGUGUCUGGGGGAGCUCGUCACCCGCGCGCUGGCCUCGGGAUGCGUUGACUCCGCUUUGCCUGCUUCAGCGACUCUCACGCGGAUCCGCCGUUACAGCGAAGCCGUGGGAGAGAAAGACGAUGACCCGAACUUCUUUAGGAUGGUCGAGGGUUUCUUCGACCGCGGAGCUUCUAUCGUGGAGGACAAACUCGUGCACGAUCUCAAGACGAGAGAAACGCCCGAGCAGAAGAGACACCGAGUGCGGGGGAUCCUCAAGAUCAUCAAGCCCUGCAACCACGUCCUGUCCGUGUCAUUCCCCAUCAAGAGAGACAACGGGGAGUGGGAGAUGAUCGAGGGCUAUAGAGCUCAACACAGUCAGCACAGGACCCCGUGUAAAGGAGGUAUCCGUUACAGCACAGAGGUGUCGGUGGAUGAGGUGAAAGCCCUUGCCUCACUAAUGACAUACAAAUGUGCAGUUGUAGAUGUGCCUUUUGGAGGAGCUAAAGCGGGGGUGAAAAUUAACCCAAAGAAUUACUCCGACACAGAACUGGAGAAGAUUACAAGAAGAUUUACUAUUGAGUUGGCUAAAAAGGGCUUCAUUGGGCCUGGCAUUGACGUCCCCGCACCGGACAUGAGCACUGGAGAAAGGGAAAUGUCCUGGAUCGCUGACACAUAUGCUAACACAAUGGGCCAUCAUGAUAUCAAUGCUCAUGCCUGUGUUACCGGUAAGCCCAUCAGUCAGGGUGGAAUCCAUGGGCGUAUAUCUGCCACUGGCCGUGGUGUCUUCCAUGGCAUUGAAAACUUUGUCAAUGAGGCUGCUUACAUGAGCCAGCUGGGCCUGAGCCCGGGGUUUGGAGACAAGACAUUUGUCAUUCAGGGUUUUGGUAAUGUGGGCCUGCACUCCAUGCGUUACCUGCACCGUUAUGGAGCAAAGUGUGUGGGUGUCGGAGAGCUGGAUGGAAGCAUCUGGAACCCUAACGGCAUUGAUCCCAAAGAACUGGAAGACUAUAAGCUAGCCAAUGGCACUAUUGUUGGCUUUCCUAAUGCCACCCCCUAUGAAGGCAGCAUCUUGGAAGCUGAGUGUGAUAUUCUGAUCCCUGCUGCAAGUGAGAAACAGCUUACAAAGAAAAACGCCAACAAUAUCAAGGCCAAGAUCAUUGCUGAAGGAGCUAAUGGUCCCACUACCCCUGAAGCUGACAAGAUAUUCCUAGAGAGGAAUAUCAUGGUGAUCCCUGACAUGUACCUGAAUGCUGGAGGUGUGACAGUCUCCUACUUUGAGUGGCUGAAGAACCUAAACCACGUCAGUUAUGGCAGACUGACCUUCAAAUACGAAAGGGACUCAAACUACCAUCUCCUUAUGUCUGUCCAGGAGAGUCUGGAAAGGAAGUUUGGGAAACAUGGUGGAGCCAUACCUAUUGUUCCCACAUCGGAAUUUCAAGAGAGGAUUGCUGGAGCUUCUGAAAAGGACAUUGUGCAUUCUGGAUUGGCUUACACAAUGGAGCGAUCUGCCAGACAAAUCAUGCGCACAGCCAACAGGUAUAACCUUGGGCUAGACCUGAGGACAGCGGCCUACGUCAACGCCAUUGAGAAAGUCUUCAAAGUGUACCAUGAGGCUGGCCUUACCUUCACAUAGAUGGUAGUAUUAUUUACCCGACUCUAUAUCUGAGUCUGUUCAUCUGCACAGACCCGAGGUAUAUCACUUAACCCCUCAGCUCCUCACGUUUACAUUUUAUAUGACAUAAAUAUAUAUAUGUCAUAUCAUUUAUGCAUGUGAUUACCAAUAAGCAUCUUUAGAAUUAUCUGGUCUUUUCUAGUUUAUCAUCCUUUCAAAUAUUCAUGGCUUUUAGAAAAGCUUUAGAGCCAAAGUCUGUUUAAUUUUCCACAUUUCGCCACGAAACACUGAUCAGUUGUACCUUAUUUUAAAGCUAUUUUGUAAUGUUUUCUUCAGGUCAAUGAAGUUGCUGCGUAUUGAAAACACAUUAAGCCUUAGAGUCACAGCCACACACUGUUGAUUCUCAUGCCAGUUUCUAGGAUUUCUAGUUGGUUACUUUAUUCCCCACCCAUUUUGACACAAUUAUGGUCAAGCGGGAAAGGGAUGCAGGAUGAAUCUCAGGCUUUUUAUAUCUGUUACCAAAAUGUUGCACAUAAAUAUCUGCUUUUGCUGCUCCUUGGAACAGUUUUCAGUGAUAACAAAAAGCUUCCUUUGUUUUUUUUUAUUUUUAAUUUCUUAAUAAUAUGCAAACGGUAGGGCAUAUAUUUGGGAGCAAAUGUUUAUUUUCAUCGCAAUAUUAGCAUUUAAUAUGAAACAGCCUUUGGGAAAAAAAUGACUUUGUAUUGCCUUUUUAAAUGGUCUACAAUUAAUAAAAUGUAAAUGAAAAUGUGCAGUGUGUCAGCUGAUUUACUGGGUUAAUUGUAUUUGUACUUUGAAAUCUUUUAAAAUAUUGACAGAAAAAAAGUAA